GGCAGGGCCACAACAGAGCUGGGAGAGCUGAGCCCAGGCUCGCAGCUCCCCUGGGCGGAGCGCCGGCUCGGUCCCUGCUUGCCUUGAUCCGCGGCCGCCCGCUCAGCAAUGAGGGUCCUGAGCGCGCGCAGUAGGCUGCUGCUAGCAUGCCUUGCCCUGGUGUUGCCAACCUCGGAGACAAACUUUUUGUCAAAAGAACAUGCCUCACAAGUCCUGGUAAGGAAGCGCCGUGCAAACAGCAUGCUCGAGGAAGCUAAAAAGGGCAAUCUUGAAAGGGAAUGCAUCGAAGAACUCUGCAAUAAAGAGGAAGCCAGGGAAGUCUUUGAAAACAACCCCGAAACGGAUUAUUUUUAUCCAAAGUAUUUGGGUUGUCUGGGCAUGUUCCGUGCUGGUGUGUUCAGUGCUGCGCGGCAGUCUGUUAAUGGUUACCCUGACCUCAGGAGCUGUGUCAAUGCCAUCCCAGACCAAUGUGAUCCUAUGCCAUGCAAUGAAGAUGGGUAUCUGAACUGCAAAGAUGGCCAAGCUGCUUUCACGUGCAUCUGCAAGCCAGGAUGGCAAGGAGACAAGUGCCAGUUUGAUGUAAAUGAAUGUAAAGACCCCUUAAAUGUAAAUGGGGGCUGCAGCCAGAUUUGCAACAACACCCCUGGAAGUUACCACUGCUCCUGCAGAAGUGGCUUUGCUAUGCUUUCAAAUAAAAAAGACUGCAAAGAUGUGGAUGAGUGCUCUCUGAAGCCCAGUGUUUGUGGCACAGCUGUGUGCAAGAACACUCCAGGAGACUUUGAGUGUGAAUGUCCUGAAGGCUACAGAUAUGACCCCUCGUCAAAGUCUUGCAAAGAUGUGGACGAAUGCUCUGAGAACAUGUGUGCUCAACUGUGUGUCAAUUACCCCGGAGGCUACUCUUGUUACUGUGAUGGGAAGAAAGGAUUCAAGCUUGCCCAAGAUCAGAAGAGUUGCGAGGGUAUUCCAGUGUGCCUUCCCUUGAACCUUGACAAAAAUUAUGAAUUAUUGUACUUGGCCGAGCAGUUUGCAGGAGUUGUCUUAUAUUUGAAAUUUCGUUUGCCAGAAAUUACCAGAUUUUCAGCUGAAUUUGAUUUUCGGACAUAUGAUUCCGAGGGCAUCAUACUGUAUGCAGAAUCUCUUGACCACUCAAAUUGGCUCCUGAUUGCACUUCGUGAUGGAAAGAUUGAAGUUCAGUUUAAGAACGAGUUUUCAACCCAAAUCACAACCGGAGGCAAUGUUAUUAACAAUGGUGUAUGGAAUAUGGUAUCUGUGGAAGAAUUAGACGACAGUGUUAGCAUUAAAAUAGCUAAAGAAGCUGUGAUGAAUAUAAAUAAACUUGGGAACCUUUUUAAACCUGCAGAUGGAUUUCUGGACACCAAAAUAUACUUUGCAGGAUUACCUCGGAUAGUGGAAAGUGCACUCAUUAAACCGAUUAACCCUCGUCUGGAUGGAUGUAUACGAGGCUGGAACUUGAUGAAACAAGGAGCUUUAGGUGCAAAGGAAAUUAUUCAAGGAAAGCAAAAUAAGCAUUGCUUCCUCACGGUGGAGAAGGGCUCCUAUUACCCUGGCUCUGGAAUUGCUCAGUUCAACAUAGAUUAUAACAAUGUAACCAAUGCAGACGGCUGGCAAAUAAAUGUGACCUUGAAUAUUCGUCCAUCCACUGGCACUGGAAUUAUGCUUGCCUUGGUUUCUGGAGACAAAGUGCCUUUUGCCUUGUCCUUGGUGGGCUCCAGCUCUGAAAAUUCGCAGGAUUUUGUGGUAUUUGUUGAAAAUUCCGUGGUGGCUAGAAUAGAGGCCAUAACUCUGUGUUCUGACCAGCAAUCCCAACUGAAAUGUAACGUUAACAAACAUGGCCUGGAACUGUGGAGCCCACUUAAGAAAGACGUCGUCUACUCUAAAGAUCUUCAAGAGCAACUAGCAAUCUUGGACAAAGCGAUGAAAGGAACUGUGGCCACUUACCUGGGUGGCAUUCCAGAUCUUUCCUUCAGUGCCACACCUGUGAAUGCCUUUUACAGUGGCUGCAUGGAAGUGAACAUCAACGGUGUGCAGUUGGAUCUGGAUGAAGCCGUUUCCAAACAUAAUGACAUCAGAGCUCACUCAUGUCCUUCAGUUAGGAAAAUCCAGAAGAAUGUCUAAAGUCUGUUUUCUGUGCUUAUCAUGCCCCUUUCCUUGUAAUUAUGCUCAUGUCCUGUCACCAGCUGGCAGGCAUCACUUGUGAUGUGCAAUGUUUGAAAUGAUGUGGUACUUUGUCCUUCAGAUUUUUGUUAUAUAAACCACAUUUUUAAAAAGUCUUCUAUUGCAGUCUAGAAAUUAAAUAAUGAAACAUACGAAAAUAUUAAAUUUCAAUCUAUUUGCUAUAAACGACACUGCUUUAGUUUGUUAUUUUAAAAGUUAAGAUUUCACCAUCAUUGCAGUAGUAUUUAAAUAUAUAUACAUAUAUAUAUGUAUAUAUACAUACAUACAUACAUAUAUAUAUAUAUAUGUUGGUCACAAAGCAAGUCAGCUAAACCCAGACAAAAACAUGUGUGACUAAAUGCUAACAGUUGCAGAUAGACACUGUAUUUUUGUUGCUGCUCCCCGCCCCAUCACCAUGUAGGCAGCAGAGCUGAUAGCACACUGAAUGUGAAUAGGAAGUUUGGAAGCUUUACCCCAAAGUAGUUCCCUGGAGUGGGGAGAGGCUAGCUCAGGCUCCGUCUUUCUUUUACCUGGCUUUGCACUUGAGCCAACACCUUCUGUGAAUUAGAGAACAAGGGAGAGCAAGGGCAGAUUGUCCUGAGAGGAGCAGCAGCACUUGAAGGUUGCCUGGAAGGCAUCGAUUUCUAGGGGAGAUGCCAGGUUAAACUGUAAGGGGUGUGAACCCCCGGUGGACGCGUUUCUCAAACUGGCCACACGGGGUCUGAAUGAGAAAGGCAGCAGCCCUUAGUGGUGGGGAGGAGAGCGAACACAUGGAGAAAUUCAUAGUUGUCCUUCACCCUGGGUUUGCAUCACUGUAGCUGGCUUGAAUGUGGUUGUUGAAUUUAACAUGCGAUGAGGAGUAGAGUAGAUUUUUUUUGCAAAAGGAUAAUGACAAGAGGGAUGCUGGAAAUAGUUUCGUUCUGACUGUGUAAUGAAAGAAAUAUGGAGGUAAGGUUGUCAAGUAUUUGCAGGUGGCAGGCUGGUGUGUUUUUCCUGAAUCGAUCAUUUCAGGUGUGUAUCAGACAUCUUGUUGCCGUCGGAGAUAUGAAAUUUUGUUUUACUGUAGAUAUUUUAUAUCACAUGAAAAAUAAUAAAGUGAUAUGUAUUUUUAAAGUA